UGCUUUUAUGGUCUACCAUUGGCGACUAAAUCUCACAUCUCACAAUCCCGAUUCAAUUUCGACAAUACUCCCUCCCUCCCUUCCUUCCUAGGGUUCAGGUAGUUGACUACCUCUUCUGAUCCUUCAAUUUAGGUGAUUCGAUUUCAAGUGUCGUGCACACGGUCAAUCACCAAAUCUAGGGUUAUUCAAAUCAAAUCAAUGUAAUGUACAAUACAUUCUUUGAUGGCAUCAACCAAUUCGCCCUCAUCAUCUUACAAUGAAGAUUGAGGGUUUUGCUUUAUUCUCUUCGAACCUGCUGUUUUUUUGUUGUUGUUGAUGGCGGCGCCGAGGAUUCUGGUGCUGGAGUCCGAAAGGUUGAUGAGGGAUGUAGAGAUGGGUGAAGAUUCCCCUACUACUAAGAAGCCUGUAGGUUCUAAAUUAGAAAGGAGAUUUCCUCUGACUAGAUGGGAAUUCGCGGCGGCUUUGGGUGUUUUCUUGGUUUUUGCCAUCGGGUUGUUCUGCAUUUAUCUGACAAUGCCAGCUGCUGACUAUGGUAAACUUAAGCUGCCCCGAUCCAUAUCGGAUCUGCGAAUCCUCAAAGAGCACCUUGCAACAUAUGCAAGCAUUUACCCAACAAAAUUCAUUCUGGGUUACUGCUCCACUUACAUAUUCAUGCAGACAUUUAUGAUUCCUGGGACCAUUUUCAUGUCAUUGCUUGCUGGAGCCCUUUUUGGUAUAAUCAAAGGCAUCUUCUUGGUUGUCUUUAAUGCCACUGCUGGUGCAUCAUCCUGCUAUUUCCUGUCAAAGCUAAUUGGCAGGCCCAUAGUUUACUGGCUAUGGCCAGCAAAGUUAAAAUUGUUUCAGGCAGAGAUAGCAAAGCGUAGGGACAAGUUGCUCAAUUACAUGCUCUUUUUGAGGAUAACACCAACUUUGCCAAACCUUUUUAUCAAUUUGGCAUCACCAAUUGUGGAUGUACCAUAUCCUGUAUUCUUUUUGGCUACAGUUGUUGGUCUUGUUCCAGCCUCGUACGUUACUGUGAGAGCUGGACUUGCUCUUGGGGAUCUGAAUUCGGUUAAAGAUCUAUACGAUUUUAAGACGCUAUCAGUGCUAUUCCUCAUUGGAUUCAUCUCCAUAUUACCAACCAUCUUGAAGAGAAAACGGAUAUAUGAGUAAGUUUUUUCUAGGUCUGUAUUAGAAGACAGUUUUUAUGGUUGUUAUAGAAAAUGGAAAAUGAAAAUGGAAAAUGGAAAAUGGAAGGAUAAAAGAGUAUAACAGUUGAAUGUUUUUCAUUUGGAUUGAAUAACUGGAAAAAGAAAACAAAAAUGAUUGGAGAAUUCUUGAUAGAUUCUGAAAUAUAUACAAGGGUGGGUAUAUGUACCAAGUUGUACUUGUUAGUAGGAGUAAAUUAUUAUUAUUUAUUAUUUAUUAUUAUUAUU